GUGAACUUUCAAGACUUUAAAUAAACAUCUGUUUAUGAGACUCCUCCUACAAAAAGGCAAAUAAUGGAGAAAAGUGUGUGGGAGUGCAGUUUGUGAGUGCUCAUCAUCACAUCUGUCAUGUGUGCUGUACUGUGGAGAUGUCUGUGAGCUCAGGGAAUGGGAAACUGCGUCGGUGGCUGAUCGAGCAGGUGGAGACGGGCAAAUAUCCUGGAUUAGUUUGGGUGGACAGAGACCGGACAACAUUCCGCAUCCCAUGGAAACACGCUGGGAAACAGGAUUACAACAGAGACGAGGACGCUGCGCUUUUCAAGGCCUGGGCUCUGUUUAAAGGGAAGUAUCGUGAAGGCAUUGAUAAACCUGACCCACCUACCUGGAAAACCCGUCUGAGGUGUGCUCUGAACAAAAGCUGUGACUUUGAGGAGGUCGUGGGUCAGAGUCAGCUGGAUAUAUCAGAACCUUUCAAAGUGUAUCGUGUUAUUCCUGAGGGGACUAAAAGAGUUUCAGGAGCAAAGUGUCAUGAGAGAGUGUGUCCAGCGUCUGGUCAUCACAGUUACCCAUCACACCCCUCAUAUGAACCUAUGCAUGCUCAGCUGUCUAACUUCCUGUCGGUUGCCGAUAGAAACUGGAGAGACUUCCUGUUAGAGCAGAAUCCACUGUCAGAGAUGCACUCUUCAUUCGGUCCUAGCACUCACUGGGAUGCUGGUUAUCAGAUCAGUGGGUCUUUCUACAGCAGCGCUUCAUUUGAUUCUCCAUCUCCUCUCUUCAGUCUGGACCCCGGCAUCAGAUCACUGGAGACCAUGACACUGUCAGAGUCUCGUCUGCAGGUGAGUGUGUUCAGCGGUGAUGUUGUGUUUGUUGAUGUGACGGUCACCAGCAUGGAGGGCUGUCUGCUGCUUCCUCAUGAUGACAGCUGGACCCACAUGGGCGCGGGCGGACCGGAAGCCGUUCCUCUUCCACACAGUGAGAGAGGAGAGCUGGAGGGAGGAGUUCUGCUCUGGAUGUCACCCGACGGCCUGUACGCCCGACGCUUCUGUCAGAGCGCCAUCUACUGCGACACAACGCAAAACAACAUCACAAGUAAACUCUGCAAACUAGAGCGCGAUCAAACCAGUAAACUACUGGACACACAACUCUUCCUGACAGAUCUUCAGACGUGUUUCUUGCAAGCUUGUCCACCUCCACGGUUCCACGUGCAGCUGUUUUUUGACUCCUGCGGCCCCUCAGCAGACAGAAGACCCCUGACAGUACAGGUGGAGCCGCUGUUGGGACGUCAGUUACUGAUGCUCAUGCAGCAGGGGGCGUUCGGUUACAGCAGAAACACCCAUGACCUUUCACCUCUGACCCCUGAUCAGAUCCUCCCCAUCAACCAAGAUUAUCCUGUGACCCACAGCGGUAUCAUACAGGAGUCAUUUAAGGCACAGCCCGAGGAUUCAUGAAGAGAUCAAG